AUGAAAACGAUCCAAACAAAGUUCCACACGAUCGGCACGACCCACACUCCGGCCAUCCUCGAAGAAUGCUUUCGCGACUAUGCGCCCGACUGGAUCAAGGUCCAACACCAAUUCGUCGUGCACGGGAUGUGCAUGGACCUGCAUACCGAUCGGGAUCGGGCCGUUACCACCACACCGUCCGCGGUUCGUAAACGGCACUACGAGCUGUGCAACGGCGUGUGGGACUCGGUCGCCCAGGCGCUGCGACUAAAGGAUCAGAUCGCCCGGGUUCGGAGAGCGUGGAACGGUGACUGGGAUAUCGGAGGCGAGCGCGACCCGUAUCGUCAUACGUGCCAACAGCUUUCGCAAGUAUUUGACCCAGCUCAUGCCUCGGACCCGCUAUCCUUUGCUCAUUUGCUCAGCUUUCUCAACCCGCAGUAA